UCUGUUAUUGACAUAUCUCUUUUCUCAUACAAAUUACAUACUAACGAAAACCACCCUAAUUCACGUGAUUGCAAAUACAAGCAGUCAGAUUUUGUAUUUGUAUCAUUUUUGUCGCAAGAAAUAAGUUAAUAUCGCAAAGAUGAGGGCCGUUUUAGGUUACACAUUCCUGGGCACUGCCACAUCAGUUGUUACAGUCCUAAGCUUAUACCAUUUGCUAACAGGAAAAGGGGAACGAAUCAGCUUUGGAUGGUUCCUGGAAAGCACAUCCCCUCACAUGUGGGCCACAAUAGGAAUAGGCCUUUCUGUAGCCCUAUCAGUUGUUGGAGCAGCUGUUGGAAUUCACACAACCGGCGUCAGUAUUAUUGGUGGAGGUGUCAAGGCGCCCAGGAUCAAAACCAAGAACUUGAUCUCCGUCAUUUUCUGUGAGGCUGUGGCUAUUUACGGUCUUAUCACUGCCAUCGUCCUCUCAGGAUAUUUGGAAGACUUCAACUGGGACAUUGUUGUAAAAGACAACACUCUCAGAGGUAAAAACUGGAUGGCUGGUUAUUUGAUGUUUGGAGCCGGUAUUGCCGUGGGCAUGGUCAAUCUGUUCUGUGGAAUCUGUGUUGGAAUUGUUGGAUCUGGUGCUGCCCUAGCUGAUGCUGCCAACUCUGCCUUGUUUGUCAAGAUUCUCAUUGUUGAAAUCUUUGGCAGUGCCAUCGGUUUGUUUGGAUUAAUUGUUGGUAUUUACAUAGUCUCCAAAGUACAAAUGGGUGAUAAAGUACAUUAAAUGUGGCACUAGUCCGAAUCUCAAGUACAUGUUUAAUCUCAUUUAUUCCACGAGUUUAGAAUUUUCUUAAAUGUAGAACAUAGAUAUAUUGGUAAAAACCCUUGAAGUGCAGAAGAAAACGUGAAUCUCUUAUUAUUUUUUAAUAUUCUGCACAAAUUGUUUUAAAUACUGUCAGAAUUUACAGCAUCUGUAAACGUGAAAACUACAUAGUAUUACGCAUUCUGCCUUUAUUAAAUUAUUGACAAAUACAUUAAAAUAUCAUAAAUAUAUCCCCACGUCUCUGUAUGUAUAUAAAUGUAAGUUUUGUUUUAAUUUAGUGUCAAAAAUGGUUGAUAUUUUGUUAAAUUAAUAUUAUGUAUAUAUUAAUUUUAAAUAUAGUGUUUAAAAUAA